GACUUUGAGGGAAGGUAUAAACAGAGGUGACAGAGGGGACGAAAACAUAGUAAGCACUUCAUUGCACAAUUAGAUCACCAGAUCACCAGAUCACCAUGGUCGCCAUUCGAUAUCUCCUUCAAGCCCUGGUGGCUUCGAUGCUAGACACCACCGCCCUCGGUAGGGCAAUCAAGCCACACCACCACGGUCAACAGUCAGAGAUACAGCAUCCGCUAGGACAGUACCCCCAAGAUAAACCAGGCUGUGACGGCUCUGGUGUUAUUGCGCCCGGUAAUGGUGAUUGCAAUGGCGACGGCCUCAUCGACAACCCCAAUCCCCGACACAAAGACCGAGAGGGGUUCCACUUUGAGAAUCCUUCGACGGAUUGUGCAUACGUGACGCAGAUGCACAUCUGGGACUCGUUCAAGGAUUUGGAAAAGGACAUGAACAAGCUGUUCACGCUAAUCCAUAAGGAUGUGAAUUUCACAGUUGUUGGACACCAUCCUAUCGCGGGUCAUUAUAAUGACCUGAUGCAUUUCUAUGUCAAUGCUCUUCGUCGCGUCAGUGUGUUGUUCUUGGACCACGCGGAUAAGUUCGAGAUCCAUCCUCAAGCCAUCCACGGGGGUUGUAAUCAGCGGUGGUCGGUCCAGGAGGUUCAGUUCAAAGGAAUCAUGAAUUCCGGCGAUCCUUUCGACAUAGUCAACGUUUGGGUAACCCGCUGGCACAAGGGCCAGAUGGUCGAGAUCCGAACAUACAUCGAUUCAGCCCGAAUCAUGGAAGCUCUGCACAAGAACGAAAUCUGGUGGAAUGGCACCACAUUCCGAGACAAUGUGAAUUAUAUGCCCGGACCAGUGGGCAUGCCGGACAUCAAGGCAUUGGAGGAUCUAAUGGGCUAUCCGGAUGGAAGUCCUUAUGAGGAUUGAUCUACUACAGAGUAGUUAGCGGAAGAUGUAUCACUUGCUAAUAAUAGUGACGGCACUAGAUAUACCAUAUGCAAUACUCUGUACAAUCACCUGCUAUAGUUUAAUAG